CCCACUUCUUCUUCUUCUUCUACCUCUCGACUCCUGCAGAUUCUCCAUCCAUCCGUCCAUCCGGAAGCGAUGAGAAUCUUGGAUUCGUCCGCGAUCACGAAGCUCGUGCUCUCGAUCAGUCUGCUCUUCCUCUCCUCCUCCGAUGCGGCGAGGCCCGACGGGGUUUGCGUUUCGAAAGGUGGCCGUUUCCCGCCCUUCGCGUCGGAAGGGAAGCCUCCGGGGAAGGUCGGCAGAGGGUCCAAGGGCUUGACCCUUUGCCGCGUUUUCCGGAAGAAGACGUGCUGCGACGUGUCUCAGACGCAUCCCGCUAUGAUAGCGACUAGGAGGCUCUCUUUGAAGGGAGAGGCGAGCGAGGAGUGCGCGCAGCUGUGGGAGCUGCUGGAAUGUUCCAUCUGCGAUCCGAGUGUCGGUGUGCAGCCCGGACCUCCUCUUAUAUGUGCCUCUCUUUGUGACAGAAUCUUUGAGGCUUGCUCUAAUGCUUACUUCUCCAUGGAUCCAAUGACACAUGUUCUAGCACCAUGUGGAGUGAAUGAGGUGAUAUGUGCUAGAGCUUCUGAAUGUGUCUCCAAUGGCACUGAGCUGUGCCUUGCUGCUGGUUUUUCUGUGAAAUUGGAUGAUGACAGACAUGUUGGCUCUGAAGAAGCACCUUGUUAUGGCGGUCAAGCUAGUUUAGACUCAAUUUCUAGUUCAUGGAAGACUGCAAAUUCUGAGAUGCCUCAAGAAUCUGAUGAUCACCAGCGGCUGCGGGGAAUGCCAUUCAGUAAAACAGUAUUUUGGGCAGUGGGAGGGAUGGUCUUGACUGGAGGACUGCUGUUUAUAAGCAGGAGUAGGAGCAAGAGCCACUACCAGAAAAUUGCUGCUAUUCAGCGUGCUGCAAGGAGACUGGAAGCUCAGACGAGCCAGAAAUCUUUCAAUUCACGUAGUAAGAAGGGGAAGGGAACAUGAAUCUCCACUAUCUGCUUCUUUUACAGGUAAACCUAUCUGCAAUUGUAAUUACUAAAAGAACACUGCCAUCCUUCAGCGAGCUGUUUUUGUGAUUCCGAAGCAGCAAUUGAUGCUGGUUCUGGCCGAAAUCGAGACCAAGCAUGGAUCACUCGGCAUACGUUCAGCUUUUUGGCAGGAAGAAAUGAGGAAAACAUGCCUUCUUCAUUUGUCGAGAAGAGGGAUUUUUGGCUGUAACCUGUCUUGUCAUCUUACACUUUUCUAACGUUGCAGAAACAUGGUUCUGUCUUGCUUUUGGGAGAUGGAAAUGUAGGAGUAGAAGGAUUUACGUACACACAGCCCAUUGGUGUCUACACAACACUGUUCAAUUUGAUGCAUCAAUGUGAAUUCAGAAGGUUAUCGGUUUAUGUC